AUGACUGAAUCAACCACGAACAAAACUAACGACUCGUUUCCAACGAAAAUGGUCGCUGCACAGCAGAAUGGCUAUGGUGAAGUACGUAAUGUAAUUACUCUUGGGAAUGAAGUAUCCGUUCCUCGACAAUUAUCGUCAAAUCAAAUUCUCGUUAAAGUUUACGCUGCAUCAAUCAAUCCAGUUGAUUGGAAACUACUCAAUGGCAAUAUGUCGUUGAUUAUUCGACCUUCAUUUCCACAUAUACCUGGAAAAGAUGUUGCGGGAGUUGUUGUGGAUAUUGGUGCAUCUGUGAAACGUUUUCAAAUCGGUGAUGAAGUUUACGGAAAUCUUCAUAUGGAUGACGGUAGCUAUGCAGAAUAUGUUCGAGGAAAUGAAGGAAAUUUUGCUUUGAAACCAAAGAAUUUAUCAAUGAUUGAGGCGGCUGCUGUGCCUCUAGCAUGCGAAACGAGCUAUCAAGCGUUGUUCGUUAAAACGUCACCACCUGUCGGAGCACAAACUAAAGUAUUUAUAUGUGGUGGCGCUACAGCUACAGGAUUAUACGCGAUACAGAUGGCGAAAGCAGUUGGAGCUCAUGUGGCUACAACAUGUUCACAACGGAAUUUUAAUGUGAUGGAAAAAGUCGGAUAUAAAAUUGUACAAGACGUUAAUGAAGUUAAUGGUGAUCCACAACAAUUGUUGGUUAUCGAUUACAACAGUAAAAAUUUUGGAGAUGUAUUAAAAGAUCAAAACUAUGACCUUGUCUACGAUUGUGUUGGUGGCGAACAACAAUGGAUAGCGGCAAAACAGAUCCUUAGACAAGGUGGUCAGUUUGUAACUAUAGCUGGUGACGAUCCAGAAGCUUCGGUGUCUGUGAAGUCUGCAGUAACGAUUGGACCUCGUCUUUUAUCGAGAAAAUUGGGUUCUAUUUUUGGAUCCUCGCAUCAUGGUUAUAUAUUUCAUUUGCUUAGCCCAGUUUCUUCUGAACUUGACCUUAUACGCAGUGAAUUUAUCGAAACGGGCAAAGUCAAAUCAUUGAUCGAUACAGUUUUCGAUUGGCGAACGGAGGGUGUUGAAGCUUUGUACAAAAUGUAUGAAAAAUCAAAAAGUGGCAAAGCUCAAGGAAAACUAAUUUUGAAAAUCGCUGACUUUCAAUGA